AUGUGCAUCAACGUAUGCAAUAUGUCGGUAGAGAAAAAGAAGAACUGGAGAUGCCCCGAUUGUUGCGCUGGGAAGAAAAAGGUUGGAGAUAACAGCUCAACCCCUGUACGUCCUGCUGAUGACAAUGUUACACUGAGGAAGAAAUGCAACGAAAAUCCCGAUGAUACUCUCCAUGUGGAGGUAAGGCAGCUAACAGAGGAAGUUCGUCUCCUUACGAGAGAAAUCGCCUCGCUUAAGGGCCGCCUAGAAAAUGCCACAUCAGGUUUGACCAGCUGCCAGGCUAGACUAGAUGAAUUAGCGAGUACUACAGCCUCCAAUGAUUCCAGACUAAAAACUCUAGAAGGACGUGAUAAGGAAGUGAAGCUGCUAGAAAACAAGGUGAUUGAGCUUCAGCAAGAAAUGAACUUCCAGUCGCAACAACAUUUGCGCAAUGAAAUGGAGUUAGCUGGCAUUCCUGAGUGUAAUAAUGAAAACCUGCAACACAUUGCACUCUUAGCAGCGAAAAAAAAAAUAGGUGUCGAUCUGUCUGACUGCGAUAUCGACUGGGUGACCAGAGUUGGACCCCGUGUCAAGCGCGCUACUACUAUUACAGAGAACGACACUACGUUCCCGCGACCAAUAGUGAUGCGACUCCUGCGUCGAAAUAAGAGAGAUCAGCUAAUAAAAGCAUCAAAAUCUCGACGGAAUGUAAACAGCUCUGACUUGGACGUUCCCGGCAAAUCAUAUAAAGUCUUUUACAAUGAACGGCUAACGAAGGAAAAUAGAAUGCUUUUUCGUGAAACAAGAACUAAAGCCAAAGAACAUGAUUACUCCUAUUGCUGGGUCACUCAGGGUAACAUCUUCGUCAAGCAACGGGAAGGUAAAGCAGCGCAGCCCGUACGUUCAUUUGAUGAUCUCGCUCGCAUCUUCGGGAUCUGA